GUAUAGUGCUGUAAGAAGACAAGGAGAAGCUGAUGAAGGGCAGCUAGAACCUAAAAUACUAGAUUAUCCAACCCAACAAGCUAAACUCAUCCCAGCACUAGCUAUGGCCGUUGGAUUUCAUAUUGCAAGUUCCACCCUAUGGGAUUUGUACAACAAUGUACAAAAUGAAAUUGAACAGGGAAAUUAUGACAAUCUACCGGAGCUGCAUGCUUUAUCUUGUGCUAUGAAGGUACUGAUUACCUCUGAGUCCUCUAUAGCAGUUGACACGAUACGAAAGUCCUGUGGUGGACAUGGUUUCAUGACAAACUCAGCUUUACCUAGAAUAUUUGGAAUGAUAUCUGCUGCAUGUACAUAUGAAGGGGAGAACACUGUGCUUCAACUUCAGAUAGCAAGGUUCCUUAUAAAGAGUGGAAAACAGGCUCUAGAGGGUAUUCCCCAGCCAGGCUCAGUCAGCUACUUGAGUAACUCAUUCAACCAUAAACCCACAGUAGACAUUAUCUCAGACUUUGGACUUGUGGAACUUUUUGAGAAAGUGUCAAGUGGUAAAGUACAAAGUCUUCUUGGAUCUACAUCAGCCAACCCUAUACUAUCAGUAGAAACUGCUGAUAUGCAUGCUAGGAGUUUUGUAGUCUCUGAAUUUGCACAAGGCAUUGCUUCUGCUUCAGUUAGUGUACAGUUGAGACGUGUACUUUCUGACCUUUUCAGAUUAUUAGCUUCCACGUGGAUUCUGCAGAAUGCCGCUGAUUUUAUCCGGUUUGCUAACAUGGAUUUUACUCAUCUUGAUAGGCUAAGAUCUGAUAGAGAUACGCUUCUACAGCAUCUUAGGCCAAAUGUUGUUGGAAUUGUUGAUGCCUUUGAAUUCAAAGAUGAGGUUUUACAAUCAACCCUGGGAAGCUUUGAUGGUUGGGUGUAUCACAGGUUAUUCCAGGCUGCGAGAGAUCUUGAUAACUCCGACGAAAGAACACCUGAAAACAAUGUGAAAACAAUUAUGGAAAAACUAAAAUCUAAAUUGUAAUUACACAAAAUAAAUAAGAAAAACUUU